GACGCAUUUUUGUGCUCUGAGAUUCUGAGAGAACUUUUUUUAUUACGCUGUAUCUAUUUUAUGUUUUGUGUCUCCAUACCAUUUUUCGUUUUACAUUGUGUUUGGAUUAGCUAUUGGUUUUUCUGUGUGUUUUCUUGGAUCCUACUCUGCGUGGAAAAGAAGAUGGCUGGAAACAGAGAACUUAGAAGCAAACAGAUGAAAUCAAACGUAAUUCCUUUCGACAUUGCAAAGCAGGACGCGUUAGACUAUAUCCAUCGCUGUAAAGACAAACCGGGCUGUAUUGUGAAAAAAGUGGAUUCAUUGAUAGCAGGAAAGGGUCUUUAUGCUGGAAAGGAGUUCCAACAAGGAGAGUUCAUUUUGGAAUAUGCCGGAGACCUUAUCAGUAGGAAAAAAGGGCUUGCUCGUGAGAAAACGUAUCCUUCUCACAAAGGAAGUUACAUUUACUUCUUUACCUGGGACAGUAAACGAUAUUGCUUGGAUGCAACAAAUUCAUCUCGUAAAUGUAGAUUUGCAAAUGAUGCUGGCCCAAGAGAUGAUCGUCAAAAUGCUGUGAUGAAGUGUAUACCAGUUAGUGGAACACCACAUCUCGGACUCUUUGCAGCAAUGAAGAUAGGCAUUGGUGUGGAAAUAAGAUAUGACUAUAGUGUUAAAGAUCUUCCGUGGAGAAGACAGAUUGAAAAUUGUGUACAAGAAAAAGAGGAAAUUUCUGACAGAGAAAGAGUAAGUUCAUUAACUUAUAUUUUACUUUCCAAAGAUGAAUUUUAAAAAAAAAAAUUAAGA